AUGAUAUUUGAUCUGUACGAAUACCACAUAUAUUCAUACAAACCAAAAUAUGAGUAUCCGUUUCAAGAUCCAUCAUUACCGAUUGAUACAAGAUUAGACAACCUAAUGUCAUUGUUAACAACAGAAGAAAAGAUUGACAUGUUAUGGAUGGGAGCAUUGACACCAGAUGGAGAGACAAUCAAUAUGAUUGUACCGCGUUUGAACAUCCGUGGCUUUUCUUGGAUGGGACAAGCAUACGUUUAUCGAUCGGCAUCAAAUGGUUGUAAUAUAAAUUGUCAAAGUCCAACUACUGAUGGAAACGUUUCCGUUUUACCGCAAGGUACAGGUGUAGCUUCAACAUGGAAUAAGUAUCUCAUUUUUCAAGCUGGUGUCAUGAUUAGCGAUGAAUCUAUGGCUAUACAUUAUAAUUAUCAAAAUAGAACAGUUGAUUAUAAAACAGGUGCAUCCAGCGUGAUAAAUAUCGCUCGAGAUCCUCGUUGGGGACGAGUACCGGAGACAUACGGUGAAUGUCCGAUAUUAACUGGUGAAAUAGCGGUCGCUUUCAAUAAAGGUUUGAUGGGAUAUACAAAAUUAGAAGAUACGAAACUAGAAUAUGAAAUUUAUAAAGUUCUGCCUGUGAUGAGACAUUUUGUUGACUACGAUGGUCCUGAUAAUGGUCGAUUUAGUUUUAAUGCAAUAAUAUCUGAUCCUGAUUUGAGAGCAACAUAUUUACCAGUAUGGAAAAAACUUAUCGAUGAAAAUGCUAUUGUCGGUGUGAUGAGUGCAAUCAGUGCGGUCAACGGUGUACCAUCAGCGGCAAAUAAAUAUCUGCUAAAUGACGUCUUACGAAACGAGUGGAAUUUUACUGGCUAUGUGAUUAGCGACUGUGAUCCAGUCGGUGAUAUACAGAGAUCGUUUCAUUAUACAGCUACAUUAGAGCAAGCCGUCGCUGCGUCUGUAUCGUCGGGCAAUGAUAUUAACUGCGGUGGCGUGUUUCAAUUGUUGCACAAAGCACUCAAAUACGGUUUUGUGGACUUGGAUGUAAUCAACACUGCUAUUAGACGAGGUUUACGUUCACGGUUUUUAAGUGGAAAUCUCGAUCCAAUCGGUAGUGAUCCGUAUGCGUCCAUACCCUACUCCGUUGUCGAUAGUUUAGAACAUAAACUAUUAACGAAACAAAUUAUUACUGAGUCUAUAGUUCUCCUACACAAUCCAAGUCAAAUAUUACCAUUUAAUUUAACAAAAGUCAAGCGAAUUGCUGUCAUUGGUCCAUCCGCCGAUGAUAUCACUGUUCAAGCACAUACUUACCAUGGUACACCAAGUAAAUGGAUAACAACAUUGGAUGGUAUACAAACAAUAGCCUCAAAAUCGAAUAUCACUGUUGUUCAUACUACGGGUGCAUUCCGUAAGAAUGAUAGUGACGAAGAUUUUGCACAUGCUUUAGAAUUAGCUAUUGAAAGUGAUGUUAUCUUAUUUGUUGGAGGCCUAGAUGCAAGUUUCGAAGAAGAAGAUACAGAUCGUAGUACUCUGCAAUUACCCGGUGGACAGUCGGAAUUGAUUCGAUUGUUGAUGAGUUUAAAUAAACCAUUUGCAGUUUUAAUUGUGUCGGGUUCACCUAUAUCAGAACCAUUGAUUGUACAGGAAAAUCGAGCUGCUCUCCUGUGGAUAUCCUAUUUCGGACAGAGUGGCGAUGCAAUUGCUGAGAUCUUAUUUGGUUUCUCUGUUCCGAGUGGUUGUUUACCAUUUACAAUACCUAUGAAUACUAGUCAGCUAUUACCAAUCGAUGAUUAUUCAAUGAGCAAAUCACCUGGACGAACGUAUCGUUACUUAGAUUAUACCAAAGCACCCCCAUUCUUUCCAUUUGGUUACGGUUUAUCUUACUCGACAUUUACUUAUACAUCACCAUUAUCUAUUUAUCCCAAUCGGAUAGAUAAUCUUGAUACUGAUAUUACAGUGAAUAUCAGUCUCUCCAAUGACGGUCCAUAUCGGACACAACGAGUAGUACAGUUGUAUUAUGAAUUUGUUAAUUCAACAGUCAGCUAUUUACCAAAACGUGAAUUAUUACAAUUUAACAAAUUAACGUUUGAAAUCCAUGAAGAGAAAACAGUUUCUUUCGUCUUUCGCACUAGAAAUCUUCCAUAUUCUAAUCGACAACAAAUACCUGGCAGCGUAAAUCUAUGGAUUGGAAAUAGUUACAACAGAGAUGUACAAGCAACACUUACCAUCGUCUUUGACGAUUAA